AUCUCGCGUGACAACAAGACCUAUUUCAUGUACUAGAGGGAAGGGCGGAAUCUCGAUCACCUAAAACUCUAUCACUGGUGGAUUGGUGUGUUGCUUAGCCGAAAAGAUUGAGGAAAAACAAAAAAGUGAUAGUUUUCUUGGUGAAAGUCAGUGGUAAAAAGAUGCAACUUGUUGAAGCACUCGCCGGAAGUAGCAGCAACCCAGCUGCGCCAGCGUUUCAGUUCAACGGUGCUGGAACUUCGGGAAUGAGAGCGGCGGAUAUGACAUCAAGCGCAGGUGCAGGUGCAAGUGCACCAGUCUUGGAUGCUGCAGGGGCCGGUGCGUCAGGUGUAGCAAGUGUGGAUCCACACUUUGCGGGUGGAAAUCAAGCGACGAACUCCCAGAGCGUGGGCUUAGCUGUAGCGGCGACUAGUCCACCACAAGCUGAUGUUGGAGGCGCGACGACACCCGACGCACCUGUUGUGCCGCGUACUCCGGAAGAGCAACGCGCCCGAGCGCUGUCGACACUGACCCGGUUAGCAGACAUCGAUGCGAAGAAUCCAGGACAGCUGGAAUCCGAUAUUCGUGCGAAAGCACGCGCAGCCCUAGAAGAGGUGCACCAAGCAGGCACUGGUUCGUGUGGAGGUGGCGCAGCAGUCGGGCGAGGCCGAGUUGGCAGAGAUGCAGUGCGCGAACUCGCCACGAAGUAUGGCAUUGAAGCAGACCUCUUUGUUGAGGGUCUGGCACAUGCCGGCGAGAAGGACCUGCAAACGCUGCUGCAGAAUUCAACCAGUGCUGAUGUAGUGGAGCAGUUAGACUCUGGUGGUUUUACGGUAAGGGGUCUCUUUUUGCGAAUCCACCGUGUGCCACCGCUGCUGCCGUUCCAGACCUCUGAACUACGCGACGUUGCGAGUCGACUGGCCCCUGACGAAUUUCCAGCACAGGAUGAAGUCGGGAUGCUUCAACGACUCACGAAUCUUGUGCAAGCUGCUGAAACACUGCAGAUUCCGGACAUGGGGAUGGGUAGCUCUUCGUCUUCUUCAUCUUCAUCGCGGCGUUCGGUUUGCGAGAGCGGCACUCACUUUACAGCUGCAACAGAUGUGCUAAAAGACGAAUACGAAACAACACUACUCGCGCUAGCUAGUAAGCGGGGCUGGCAGUCGGUUGUGGACUACUUUUUGAGCCACUUCAACGUUCCAGAUGGGGAUGAUUCUGGAGGGGGUGGCGGCAUCUCAAGUGCGUGCGACGAAGUGAGAGACGAGAUCAUCGAGCGCAUGGAGCUGAAACUUGCCGCGGACCGCGCUGAGAAAGCAGAGAGCGCAGCAAAGAAUUUGGCGGAGAAUCGCAAAGAAUGGCUUGCGCGUGCAGUGGCUUCUCUCGAAGUACCCGCGACUAGCACCGACGCGUCUGGAGCGUCAGGCCACGGGAACUCGGUCUCAGGCGUUCCAGGUUCAGUCGCUGCCGCAGGAGGCACGAGCAGUACCGUAGCACUGCAACCUACCCUGGGUUCUGGGGUCAAUGGGACCAUGCCGGACCAAAUAACGUUGCCACCGCUUACUACUGUACAACACCCAGGAUUACAUGCACCUCCACAACCAGUGCCAUUGUCUAUACCAGGCAUCGCACCUGCCCUAGAUUUCGGAUUUACGAGUGUUGCUCAGACGAACAUCGCAGGAGGUACCGCGAUUAGCAUGGCGCAUCCACAAUAUCCACAACAGACUUUUGCUGAUGCAACUAGGCCACUGCCACCCUCUUCUUUUGUACCCUUCGGUCAACAUCAGCAGGCUAGUGCUCCACCAGGUGGUGAGCUUCCAUCUACCACUCCUCGGGGAUCAAAGCGAGUGACGUUCAGUGAUCAGCCACCUAGCUUCGCGCCGAAUUCAAUGACGGGUGCGCCUGUUGUCCCUGCUCCGACGCCUGGCUUACAGGACAUGACGGCAAGUAUUUCCUUCUGCAUACCCGGUGCUUCAUCAACUUCGGGUGUUGCAGCAUACCCCGCUCCAGUUCCAGUUACAACACAACCUCCAGCUCCAGCCCUUCCGACUACUAAUUUACCACCACCAGUUACUGCACCAGUAGCUGUUGCGAACCCCUUUGGGAUCAUACCAGCUGGUGUACAGACCGAAGUCCCACUUGGAGGUCAGCCUGCGGCACAUCCCGCGAGCAGAUCAUCUGGUCAAUUUGUCCAGGCUGCAACCGCGGUCGCCGGCGAUUUGGUGUCACCAAUGGCAGGUCACGCUGUGCCUGCACCUUCCGGCGGCGGACAUCAGACUAGUGCUGGAGGUGCACCCUUCAUGUACUAUCAGGAACCAAGCUCUAGCUCCACCAGUGCUAAUCCACUUGUUCCACCUUAUGAUCAACAACCAACAAGUGGAGGUUCUGCCGCUGCAACAAGCGAUAUGUUUCGCUUGGGCGUUAGUGUCCAAGGCGGUUCUUCCAGCAGUUCGCAGCUGCCUACCGCGCCUGGAUUUUCUGUCCAGCAUCCACCAGCGGCAACUUCUAGGCAGCCAGGAUCUGGCUCUUCAAAUACUGGCCUAGUUGGCCAGAUGCCGAUUCCCAAUCUGAAUUUUUCACAAGCGUCUGGCACUGGGUCGAUGUCUCUAGACGCGUUGCGUAAGCAGGCAAAAGGCAUGCCCCUCUUUCCGGGAGCGUCGCCGCCAGCAACACCACGUGCGUCACCACGAAGUGGGACACCGAGGACGAGCCCAGAAGCUUCACAGCCCGCGGUGGACCCAUUGACCGCUGGUGCAGUAGCUGCUGCUCCCGCACAGCAUGAGUAUCCGAGUUCACAAUAUGUUGUAACGAGCAAUAUAAUUGCAGAGACGAGUGUGGUCGCAACGGCAACUUCUUCCUCUAGUGCUUCCGGUGCUUUGGCUGUACCGCCUGCAGGAGUAGUUGAAGGAGCUGCUCCGGUUCAACCAGGAUCAAGCAGCGACGCGCCAGUAGCUCCACCAAAAAGACCGCCGAGUAACUACGACAUUUCGCUAUUCCGCGAGAACACGGGUCGCUUGUUCGAUAGCUUUGUGAACGUCGAGGAGUACGACUGCAGUCCUCGUCGGAAAUUUCGUCAGGCGAUGUCACACGGACGGCCUCCGUCACGCCGGCUUGCUGCAUACGUGAAUCGGCCCAACCGCAUGGGAUGGACAGCUCUGCUGCUCGGCGCGAAGGAGGGCCACGCAGGCGUGUGCAAGGCUCUCCUGGACCAUAAGGCCGACGUCGACCAAGAAUCGGGAGCCACGCGAUUGACGCCUUUGAUGUUGGCUGCAACGAGUAGUGUGAGUUUGGCCACCGUGGAGUUGCUGCUGAUGCGGCGCGCUGAUGUGUGGCGUGUGAACGUGAACCAGCAAACGGCCUUCGAGAUGGUAAAGAACAAGCGCCAUAUGCGUGACCAAAAACUGGUUUUGCUGCAACGAAACAGCGCGAUCAAAAAUGGCGCUGCUAAACCACCACCAGACUUCCCUGGCACGGCUGGACCUGGAGGAGGUGUUCCUGAUUUGAACGGAGCAAGUGGCUCAUUGUUUCCCCCGUUAGCGCAGACCAGAGGCGGAUAUGCGCUCAUGGACGCACGGGGGAAGCCGCUAGAUCUGUACUUUUCUAUCUGUUCAUCGUUGUUGAUAGAUGGUUUUGAAAAUAAAUGAAAUGAAGACCACCGUACUGCACGCUAAGACCAAGUAAUAUUACAAGAAGCAUUAGCUUAGCUGGGGCAUGAUUAUUCACCGACAAAGUUGCAACACCAUACAGGUAUCGCAUCGGGCCACCACCAUCGAUCGAGCAAGGGCAGGAUUUCAGCGCUAUAGAGCAAUUACUGCAGCGUGUGACGAGGGGAAAGGAAUUGAGCGUAACCAUCAACAAGAAUCCAGCAUAGCAUAGACGCAAGAACAAGAUGCGUCUCCUGUCAUGCCAUCAAUUUCUUUUGUUCGCCCUCUGUGUGAUUCAACACUCAUUCUUAUCAUGUCAACUAUAUUGUUCAUGUUCAUUCUUACGCUCGUGACACCAUUACGUUUAUCAUUAUCUACUUACUGAGGCCGAUCUCGAUUGAUACAGGGAAGGAUAUACCAUCAAUCAGCGUCUGCAAUGAAAUUGAAGACUGUAGUGAUGUGCAUCAGUAGCGCAAUCUUAUCGUCUAAGCAAUCUUACAUC